AUUCCCAUGUGCCCUGAAUGUAGCAUUGGUUAGCUCUGCUGCAACAAUGGCCACCAUCUGUCAGAAGUGGAGACCCGACCGAGGUCGCUGUUUCAAAAACUACGGUCUUAUUUUGGUUUUGUUUAUGGACCUGGUCUUUCAAUGUGUUAACGGCUACCUGAGCUCUCCUCACGUUGGCCAGGAGCCUGCUUACUCCAGAGACCCCCAGCAGGGACCUGUGAUCUCCAGCCCGGUGGUCCCCGCUGCAGCCUCAGUUUCUCCCGGCGAUGAAGAGAGCUACGCUUCCAAGUGUCCCAGUGGGGGUUUAUGCAGUCGCCUGCCAGCUGAUUGCAUAAACUGCAAUUACCAACACAACUGCACCUACAGGAAACCAGCCUCCUUCACCUGUAAACCCAAAAAAGGAGUUCACUGCAUAGGAGAGUCGGGGCAGCAGCGGGCCAACUUCUCUCUCCCCAUCCUCUGUCAGUUCUGCUGGCAGCUGGACCCGUCCGAGUACCGCUGCUCCAACUCCACCAACUGCAUGACCGUGUCCUGCCCACGCAAGCGCUACAACGCCACCUGUGACGUGUUGGACCACGUGCACUGUUUAGGAAAAAGACGUUUUCAGAAGCGUUUAUUUUGCAACUGGACUGGCGGAUACAAGUGGUCGACGGCUUUAGCACUCAGCAUCACGCUUGGCGGCUUCGGGGCGGACCGGUUCUACCUGGGCCAGUGGAGAGAGGGGCUGGGAAAGCUGUUCAGCUUCGGGGGCCUGGGCAUUUGGACUCUGAUAGACGUUCUUCUGAUCGGGGUCGGUUACGUGGGACCCGCCGACGGCUCUCUGUACAUCUGAAAGCGGAAGGCCCCGGGAGACGUGGCUCCGUGGCUUUGUGUUCUGUUCUCCCCCGCACCACUCCCACCACCACCACCACACUCUGCACACCGCUCUGCCCUCAAGGACCGAAGAUCGGAGUUGCUGUCUUCUUGGCACGUUUCUCCUGCCCGUGCUCGCUGCGCAACACUUCCCCAUCCCAUCUGCUAACUGGCAGGAAGUGUUUUCCUCAUUACACCAGCCGCGAGCCUACCCACACAGCCCAUCAGAUCGAUCCCAAUCAUCUGGCCUCCGUCUCCCGCUGAGAUCCUGCAGAUGGACGAGUGCGCAGGGACAAGGAUCCGGUCAUUAUGUCUUUGUGGCUUCUUUAGUUCCGUCGUGCUGAUGCACAGACAUGCUGCCUCCUUCAGCCAUGUGUUGCCCCUUCCUUAUUGCUAGGUCAAUGUAUCAACGGAGGGGCGAGCUCCACGUGGUAACCAUGGUAACAUGCUAGUCUGGAGCGAAAGCAUCCAUAUGAAGGGGCUUUGUUCAGGUCAUUUUCUUUACAGAAGACAACGGUUCAAUUUGUAAUUUGUAAUUUUUUUAAAUUUUAUGUUGGUUGUCUACCAUAACUGUAAGAAAUCGCCUUACGGUAUUGCCCAAUGAUACCAUUCCUUUUCGUAAGCUUAAAUGUUGGGAAAUGAAAUGUUGUCAAUAAAGUUCAUAUAUAGUAAAAAAAAAAAAACAGAGCUACUGUACAUUCAUUCUGGAUCUUUUAAGAGGACCAGAAAGAAGUGCGAGGGGGAAUAACUCAUUUCUGUCGUGACCUGCACCAACGUGUAGUCAUAUUUUUUUCUCCUUUUUGGGAAACGGAGAUAAUAAUCUGUCUACGUAUUGAAACCCUUGAAAUGUGUUGCACUAAGAAACUGCAGUCACUUGUGAUUUCCUGUGUCAGAGAUGUAUGUGUGUAUAUCAAAGAUAUCCAGUUGCUUUUUUAUCUGAUUAUCAUUUUACACAUUAGCUCCAGUCUGCGUGAAACAACAUGGGCUCAUCCUUUAUGUAAAUAUGUUUUUCUGUUUUCAGUGUCAGGGCAACUGUUUCACACUGUAAAAGAUCUUUUUUUUAAGUUAUGUUAAUAAAACUGUUCAAUUUGACGUCAA